AUGCUGACCCUCUCCAGGGAAGCUGGAGCUGUCAUUCUAGGGGCUGCGCAUGGAUACACAGUCGAAACUUUCAAACUUGACAAGCUUGUCCACCUGAGCAACGACGUCAUGGAUAUCUUCGCUCAAUCUGCAAAGCCUGGAGCUUGGAUGGUUGAUUUGAUCCAGUCCUUGCAAAUCAUUAAUGGAGAAACCAAGCCCUCAUACAUAGCCAAUAUCUUCAAAUUGCACGGUACCCCCGAGCCGGGGUCUGACUUGAGUUCUGUCGCCAAAUGGACUGCUGGGUCACUAUAUGGCGGCGGCUCAGAUACAGUUGUUGCGACGUUGGAAUGCUUCUUAAUCGUAAUGGCUCUGUACCCCGAUGUACAAGCCAAGGCUCAUGAAGAGAUUGAGCGCGUCAUUGGCUCGGCGAAAUUGCCGAACCCGAAGGAUAGAUCUCGCCUACUCUAUUUAAAUGCAGUGGUGAAGGAGGUCUUGCGCUGGCACCCAGUUGCACCACUGGGACUGCCCCAUUCAUCGAUCAAAGAUGACAUCUGUGGGGACUACUCCAUCCCUAGAGGAUCUAUGAUGACUAUGAUGCAUGAGCCCUCGACAUACCACGACCCGAUUACAUUCAAGCCUGAAAGAUUCUUUCCUACCAAGUCUCAAGACGGCGCUUCAGAGCCUGAUCCGCACUCUAUAAUCUUCAGUUUCGGUCGUCAAGUUUGCCCAGGUCGUUUCCUGGCGGGCAACACUGUCUUUUUGACCGUUGCGCAGACACUGGCAGCUUUCAACACCAAUAAUGCGAUUCAAGAUGGGGUUCCGGCCAGUAGCACUCCGAGAUUAACACCUGGUCUGAUCAGUCAUCCUUCACCCUUCCAGUUCGCGAUCAAGCCUCGUAGUCCUGUGCACGGGGCGCUAGGCUUGUCUGCUGAGCAAGAGUACUUGUGGGAGUCGAGCGACCCAUCUAAGAUUGAGGAUUGGACUGAGAUAUGA